AUGGCAAACAGCACAUCAAAUGGAACCCAAGCGACCACAAUCUACAGUAACAUCAGCGAAACAACAAAUAUUCAAUUGCCACUGCAAAGCAUUGCGGAUAAGUGCAAUCAAGAAGUUUUUUCCCAUGUUCGCUUGCCACUGGAAAUCUCCACCAUUGUGAUGGGCCUGCCAACUAAUGUUGCUCUGCUGUGGCUGCUGAUGAACGGUGAAAAAGCUCUCUCCCCUUUUGACGUUUUGGGGCUUAAUCUAGCAGUGUUGAACAUAAUGUACUGUCUUGGUCUUCCUCUCGACGUGUACAUCACCCUGACCGAAAGCCCCGGAGAGCUUCUGCCUGCUUCAGAGGCUCUGUACAUCCUUAACACAAUUGGCUGUCCUCUUCUGUUAACCUGCAUGUGCGUGGAGCGAUAUAUAGCCACGGCACAUGCAGUCCUCUACAUGAAAUACGGGAGCAAACGGGAAUAUCGUGCUGUUUGCUCUGCUCUAGUCUGGAUCAUCACUUUAGGUCUAGCAGUGAUUACCUAUCUAGAAAGGCUCCCUGAAUUAGCCCUGUACUUGUCCAUCAUCCUUGAAAUCUUUUUGCUUGUAAUGGUGGCCUGUUUAAUAGGCAUUGUCCGUGCGCUCCGCAAAAAAGGCCCAGGGGAAGGGCAAAGAAGUGGUUCAUGUGUAAAAAAACGAGCCUUAAAGAACACCUUAACUAUGCUAGUCCUGACAGCUGUGAUCUACGGGCCUGUCCUGGGUUUAUUUCCGUAUAUCCUAACAGUUUCAAACAGUCAAAUAGAACCUACUUACACAUUCUGUUUGAUCUUGAAUGUAAUCCACACAAUUCCCAGUCUUGGGGUCUGUAUUGGGCCUGUGUUUUAUGUGUCCCGUGCGAAAGAACUAGCCUGUUGGAGGAAAAAAGAUGAACAUAAGCAAACAACCACCACUCAAGAAACACAGGAGCACAAGUGA